GUGUUCAUUGUUAUCAAUUUCAUCCUAAGCUCAUCAAGUGUCUAUAUAAGUUACAUUUUCUGAAGGGGUUCGAAUCACGCGGAGAUUUAUGCUGUCUACUGUCUUUAGGAUCCCACCAAAGAUUUCGUGGAGACUCAACCCAACUCAACUCAAUUCCACUCAUUUCAAUCGUACUUCAAAUUGACAAUGUAAAAAUUAAUUCUUGCUGGGCUCAUGGCUUCGCUAUCUAAUAACGUCGCCACAUAUCCACGAAGGAUGCAUUUUCUAGAGUCGCUCCACGUACACAGCCCUCCUCCUAUAAGGUACUCACUCUGCCACAAUCUGACACCCAACCAGAUGGCCGACCGUAACCAGCACAGUGAGUAUAAAGGUAGGUAUUCUCUGACGUGAUAUCAUUAUUCUUUUGGAGUUGGUGUCCCGUCAACGUUACGAUCAAUUUCCACUUCUUUCGCUAGGAUUCGAAACUCGUCCGCUUCAUGGGUGUGUUCCUGUCAGCCACACAUAAAGGUCACCCGUGGACACUUCCAUCUCUUGACAAAAUAUAUAUUCUCAAACAGAGCUGCCUCUCGUUAUUCUCAUUUUCUUUUCCCAAAAAUUUCGAUAUUAUUCCCAACUUCCAAUUAUGGAAGCGAUAGGGACAAUCAGCAACAUUGCUGGCAUUUUAUCCGCCGGAAUACAAGUUUGCGAGGGGCUAAUCAAUUAUUAUAAUGCCUGGAAAGGUAGUAAAAAGGAGAAUGCCGACAUGAUUAAGUCUAUCGAAGGCCUUUUGACGAACUUUGCGCUACUGAAAGCAGUCUUACAAAGUCCGGCUUUCGAUAAAGCAAUGUCGAUAACUGUGGAGUCUAAGAUUUUGGACUGUGAAGACAGUAUUGCAGAGUUGGGUGAUGAAUUGAAGAAGGUCAUGGUAUGCAAACCUUCUGUCGUAAAUGUAGAUGAUUUGGUCGCGAGUAAAAAUCAUGACAACCAGGGCUUUAGGGACAAGAUGACGGAACAGGGAAGAAGAAUUUUAUAUCCAUUCAGAAAAAGUACAUUGAUGAGGUUGCAAGAGAGCGUCGAACACGUGAGGAGUAACUUGGUUUUUGCUAUGGAUAUUAUGAAUUUGUCUACGGUAUCGACGACUGCAGAGAAAGUCGUCGAAAUUUCGAACCAAGUUACAACGAUUAGUGACAGUGUAGACGCUAUUAUCACUCAACAGAUGGAUAAAGAGAGUUUAAAGGUUCUCAAAUGGUUAUCAGCAAUAGAUUGCCAUUCCAAGCAACGCGAAAUAUUAAGCCGAAGACAGGAGGGCACCGGAGAAUGGCUUUUCAAAAGCCAAGAAUACCAAAAUUGGCUAGGUGGAAAGGAUAGGUUACUGUGGUGCUCAGGCUCCCCCGGAGCUGGCAAAACAGUCCUUACUUCCGCCAUUGUUGAUGAUUUGGAAACAAGAUUUUCAGUAUCGAAUGUUGGAAUAGCAUUCAUAUAUUGCAACUACGCAGAGAAAAUAAGCAUCGCCGAAUAUCUCGCUAGCAUUAUACAGCAGCUUAUCCGACAACGAUAUGUAAUACCAGAUUACAUUCUUGAGUUAUAUCACAAACAUAGGUCUAUGGGAACCAAUAUUAAUGCCGCCGAAGCUGUUCACUUGCUGCACAUAUUAACAUCCGAGUUUCCUCGUUUGUAUAUAGUUGUUGAUGCCCUAGACGAGUGCGAGGAAACAAAGAAAACAAGGACGAAUCUCAUUCGGCAAUUACAGAAUUUGCCCUCAAAUGCAUAUCUCCUCCUUACUUCACGUCGCCUAGGAGAUAUUGAAGAGAAGCUAUCUGAUCAUCCGCACCUCGAGAUUCGAGCUAGUGAUGAUGAUGUUCGUGUGUAUUUGGAGGCACGAAUAGAUAUGGAGGAGAACAUCUUAAAAUUUUGCAAGAAAGACCCGACGAUACGAAAAACAAUCGUCGGAAAAAUUGCCGAAAAAGCUCAUGGAAUGUUCCUUCUCGCCCAUAUGCACAUGGAAGCUAUAGCUUCAGAACUGAAUAUCAGUCGUGUUAGAAAAGCAUUGACAGUUCUGCCAGAAAUCAUUUACAAAACUUAUGACGAUGCCAUGAAAAGAAUCAUGGAGGGGCAAGAGAUGAAUCGCAAAAUCUUGGCCAUGAACAUUUUGAUGUGGCUCUCUUGUGCAAAAAAGCCUCUGACUGUGAGUGAGCUGCAACAUGCUGUGGCUAUCAUGGAACUCGCCCCUGAUGAGAGCGAAUUAGAUGAAGAUGAUUUUUACGAUCAAGAUUUGCUUUUGACAGUCUGUGCUGGUCUCGUGGUGAUCGACCCAGAGAGCGGUGUUAUCCGUUUGUGUCAUUUUACUCUCCAGGAAUACUUUGAGCGCCAUCGUGCAAAGUUCUUUCCUAAUUCUGGUGUGUUGAUCACUCAAGCUUGCAUCAGAUAUUUGUCCUUGGACAACUUCAUAGAGCCCGAACGUCCAGAUCGCGAGACAAUCAAGACUCGACUCAAGGAGUAUCCCUUAUUAUCAUAUGCGAGCCAAUAUCUCGGUGUACAUGCUCAAGGUGCAGCGGAAAUAGAUCUCAUGGAUGAUAUCCUACAUUUCCUCAAUCAGAAAACACUCGUUAAUAGCGCAUCUGCUGCUAUGAUACCUUUCAGCAUACGACAUACGAUCGAAUUCCCUCCUCCAAUUGUCGCUGCGGCUAUGUUCGGUUUGCCAACAAUUGUCGGCGAAUUGCUUAAGAGAGGAGCAGAUAUUGAAGCAGUCUGCCCAAAGGACUUCACACCUUUAUUGAUUGCAGCGGAAUUAGGUCACUUCGCUGUAGUUCAACUCCUUAUCAAUUCCAAAGCAAACCUUCUUGCUAAAGAUUAUCAACAAGAAAAUGCUCUCCACAAAGCUGCGCGAAAGGGACAUGUAGAGAUUGUAAAGAAACUCGUUUCUGCCCAACCGUCUCUAAUCGAAAUUCCAUAUGAAGAGCAUUUCAACAAAACAGCACUCCAUAUCGCAAUUGAUCGCCGGCACGAAGGAGUUAUCAGAGCUUUGAUAGAAGCUGGAGCCGACGUCAACGCAUCAGAUGAAUUGAGUUUGACUCCAUUAAUGAAAGUGGUAGUAGAUAAUCUUCCAGGUGCCAUUGAUCUGCUUAUUGAAAAGGGAGCACAUGUUGAAGCGAAAGGUUUUCGCGAACAUGCUGCCUUAUCUAUGGCAGCAAACGCAGGAAACAUUGUGGCCGUUAAAAAGUUGCUAGCAGCAGGAGCUGAAGUUGAUGCUGGCAAAGAUACUUACUCUGGUACUGCAUUGGUUCGUGCCGCCAGUUCGGGCCACAAGAAUGAUGCCCUUGUUGCCAAGGAACUCAUUCUGCAUGGUGCGGAUGUGAAUGCGGUAUGUAAUGGAGAAACAGUACUCAUGCAUUCUGCUUUACAUCCUUCUGUCAUGAAGCUUUUAAUAGAGGCCGGUGCUAAUAUCGAAGCAAAGGAUGCUGAGGGCGAAACCGUGUUGCAUAAGGCUGCAAAGGUUGGCCGUGAUGAUAGUGUUCAAGCUCUCAUUGAAGCGGGUGCUAAUCUCCAUUUGAAGACUUUCGAAGGAAACACAGCUUUGUCUUUGGCUAGGCAAUUAAGAAAUAGAGGUCCGCAUCCAGAAGUCAUUGCUUUGUUGAAAGGGGCGAUGAAAAUGAAUCCUCUUGGUAUUGUUACUUAAGCGAUGGAUGAAAUUGGGAGUAAAGAAUUCAACCAACAAUAAUACCGCAAAUUGCAGAGAAUGCUCUCUGAAAAUCAAGGAUAAGAGAACAGAUAUCUUCCAAUUUGGUCUGAUCGCGUAACCGCGUAAACUGUUCCAGGCAUCGGUUCUUCUCCAACGACCUUCGAAACUCAGCUACAAUUGGUAUCCGUUGUGAUCCCCAUUCAUCUAUCUCAGAACAAGACAGGCCACGAUUUCUGAAGUAUAUAGCAACAGAUGGGGACCAAGGGACUUAAGUCUGAAAUGAAUGGGCGGCUCUAGUUGAGCCAGGGCGUUGUCAUCAAAGCAAGAUAUGUGACAAAACUUCUGAAGAGUCUUUGAACUCUUAAAGUAAUUAGAUCAAGUGCAAACAACCUUUGGUCGUUGAAUUCCAACGAUAGAAGGUCUAGCUCAACUGUGAACAAUUCUCCAAGCCAAAAAUUCCAUUCCAUUUUGUUGCACAUCUACAUUCGGCCCUUUUAGACUUUGGGCUGAUUAAAAAUAUCCUGGAAAGUAAAAGUGAAAGUGAAAGUGAAGAUACUAGGUAAUUGAAGGAUUCUUUGUUGCGGUUGAAGGAUCAACAAGAUUGUUUUGUUGCAUGUCUAUAUUCGGGCCUUUUGUCACUUUUGGAUACGGGAUGGGCUGAAGUUGAUAUCUGGGGUACAGAUUAUUUCGUUUUGUUGCAGAUCUGUAUUCGGGCCUUUUGGGAUUGGGAGUUUUGGUAAAGGGUGAAGUGGAGGUGAAG